GUCCAAGUCUCCCUAUAAUGCUUCAUCUUACUCUACAAGUUCGUAUACCUGCUCCACAUCAAGAUCAGGUUCUUCCCACUCUUGCUCUUACUCUUGAUCAUUUAGUCGUUCCCAUUAUCGUUCCUACUCGCGAUCGCCGCUGUAUCCAAGAAGAGGCAACGGGAAGAGUCGUAACUAUCGUUCUAGGUCAAGGUCACGUGGUUAUCACCAUUCAAGGUCAAGGUCACCCCCAUGCAGAAGAUGCCAUUCACGGCCAAGGUGUCCAGUAUUUAGAGACCAGUCUCCCACUAAACAGACUAUAACUCAAGGGGAAGGAGGAAGGGAGUAUUUGAACAGAUACAGAGAAGUUCCACCAUACGAUAUGAAAGCGUACUAUGGCAGAUCUGUUGACUUUAGAGAUCCAUUUGAAACGGAAAGAUACAGAGAAUGGGAAAGGAACUAUAGAGAAUGGCAUGGAAAGUUUUACAAAGGCUAUGCUGUUGGCGCUCAACCUCAACCUCCAGUAAACAGAGGGAACUUUUCUCCAGAUAGGUUUGGCCCACCUGGGACCAGACAAGAGAAUUCACCAUAUGCUCGGGGACGUAGGGAGGAUUAUCCUGGUGGGCAGAGCCACCAAAAUCACAAUAUAGCUGGAAAUGACCCUGGAAAACCUUCUGAAAAGGAAAGCCAUGGCAUCAAGGAUCCUACAAAAUCAAAAGAGGAGGAGGUGGAAAAUCCACUGGGAGAUGGAAAGGGAAAUAAACAUAAAAAACACCAGAAGAGAAGAAAAGGGGGUGAGAAUGAAGGAUUUCCCAAUGCUGAGUUGUUAGAAGGUGUGAGAAAACCAAGAGAGCCAGUUACAGCAGAAGACGUUAAAACGGACUCCCUGUUCAUGCUCCCAAGCAGAGAUGAUGCCACCGCUGUGAGAGAUGAGCCUAUGGAAGCAGAUUCUAUUGCUUUCAAACCGGUAUCUGAAAAGGAGAAAAAAGAGAAGGAUAAGCCAAAAGCAAAAAUUUGCAAGACAAAGCGGAAAGUAGAAGUGGCUGUUCCUCCUAAGAAAGACAAUAUAAUAAAACCAGCUAAAGCUUCCCAAGAGAAGGUGGACACCGAUCGUGAAAAAUCUCCUCGAAUGGAACCUCCUGUGAAGAAAAUGAAGGAGGAGGAGCCAACCUUAAUUAGUUUAUAUUCUUAA